AUUUUCAGGACUUUGCUAGAUUUUCCUAUAUUUGGCUGAAUUGUUAGCUCAUAUUUGCGCACUUGGUUGUUAAAUUGUUGUUUGCUUUUGUGGGUUUUGAUUCUCUUAAUCUUUUGGGUCCUUGGCUGUCGUGCGUUUGUCAAAAUGGAAUCGGAUUGCUGAUUUCAUUUCUGGGUUGUGCUUCCCAUUGAUAAUUGCAUUUUAAAAUUUCCGUGUUCCUUUUUGAUGGACGAAAGAGACUUCCGUCGUCGUAAUCCGAUGGCACAUGCUUCUCCUCCUAAUUACUUUGUUCGCCUGGAGAAUACAGCUUCCAAAGACGAUUUAUAUUUGAGAAAGAGGACCGGGAUGCGUCGGUGGCUUUGUUGUUCUUGUCAUGUUGAAGAGCCUUACCCUUCUGAAAACGAGCACCUUAAAAGCCCAAGGAAUUAUGGAGAUGGUAACCCAAAAGGUUCAAAGGCUUCAGCUCCUGUUAAAGCUGAAACACAAAAGGCUGCACCACCUAUUGAAGUGCCAGCAUUAGCUUUAGAUGAACUGAAAGAAAUGACUGACAACUUUGGAUCGAAGGCAUUGAUUGGUGAAGGAUCUUAUGGGAGAGUAUAUUAUGCAACUUUAAAUAAUGGAAAGGCUGUUGCUGUGAAGAAGCUUGAUGUUUCUUCGGAACCUGAAUCCAAUGUUGAGUUUUUGACCCAGGUUUCUACCGUCUCAAGAAUGAAGCACGAAAAUUUUGUUGAGCUGCAUGGUUAUUGUGUUGAAGGAAAUCUUCGUAUACUCGCAUAUGAGUUUGCAACCAUGGGCUCUCUUCAUGACAUAUUGCAUGGUAGGAAGGGAGUUCAAGGGGCACAGCCAGGACCAACCCUUGACUGGAUGCAACGAGUUCGAAUUGCAGUUGAUGCAGCAAGGGGGUUGGAAUAUCUACAUGAGAAAGUUCAGCCGCCUAUCAUACACAGAGAUAUCCGAUCAAGCAAUGUACUAAUUUUUGAUGAUUACAAAGCAAAGAUAGCUGAUUUUAAUCUUUCAAAUCAGGCCCCUGACAUGGCUGCGCGUCUUCAUUCCACUCGAGUUUUGGGAACUUUUGGCUAUCAUGCUCCAGAGUAUGCAAUGACUGGUCAGUUGACUCAAAAAAGUGAUGUCUACAGUUUUGGUGUUGUUCUUCUUGAGCUCCUUACAGGGAGAAAACCUGUUGACCAUACCAUGCCUCGAGGACAGCAGAGUCUGGUUACAUGGGCUACUCCGAGAUUGAGUGAAGAUAAAGUCAAACAAUGCGUGGAUCCAAAACUGAAGGGAGAAUAUCCUCCCAAAGGAGUCGCAAAGCUGGCGGCUGUUGCAGCACUUUGUGUGCAGUACGAAGCCGAGUUUAGGCCAAACAUGAGCAUCGUGGUCAAGGCGCUGCAACCACUUCUGAAGGCUCCUCCUGCUCAAGCACCGGAAACUUGAAAACAAACUAAACCCACUCUUCUUCCAACUUCUUGGAAUCUGAGUUGUCUGCACAGUUUGGUUCUACCAUCUCCGGAUUUCAUCAAAUACUUCAUGCACACAUUCGUAUAUAGACAUAUGUUUUUAAAUUUUUUCGAAGAUUGGAUUGGGUGUGUAGGAUUUGAUUGGUCCUUAUCAUUUCAUUUGUUUAGAUUUUGCAUUUCUGGAAUUGUACUUUGGAGUGCCGAGUUUUAAAGAGACAGAGGAAACCAUGGGGUUUGGGUUGUGACGCACUAAUUGCUGACUUCUCUCCUAUUUAUGAUUCCACGCUGAUCUUCCCUUUUGUUCUUCAGAUUA